AAUUAGCGAUGGAGAAUCCAACCAAGAGGCCGAGCUCCGCCAACAGCAGCACCAGGAGUAGCAGGAUCGGCAGCGUCAGCGGCGGUGACAAGAAGGGAGAAUCCAAGCCGGAGGCCUCGGCAUCGGCAUCGGGCUCAGCAGCAGUGCCAGCAUCGCCAGUAGCGGUAGCAUCGCCAUUGGCGGGGUCGGCAACGCCAGCUCGAGGAUCGCGAUCGUCGUCCGUGAGGAAGUCGAGCAUCUCUCUGCGCGGCGACAAGAAUGUAAGGUUCUUGAACUGUCCUUUGUGCUCCAAGGUCUUCAAGCACGCGGUGGAGACCGGGUGUGGGCACGUAUUCUGUGCGCGAUGCCUCCAAAACAGCUUCACCAGAUCCAAAGGAUGCCCGACGUGUGACCGGCCAAUCGAGUACGUGCAUCCUUGUUUCUUGCUGAGGGAGCUAAUUGUGAAGUAUGGUGGGAAACGAGGAGCAGGCAUGCUUCAAACGGAAUUCGCACCGUAUCAAGACGACUGCGACAUUCCGGACAUCGAUGAUCCCAUCAUCAUCGCUUCACAGUUUGUUGGAGCUGAUCCUGGAGGGACGUGCUCGUGCGUUACCGGCGGCAUCUUUGAUCCUUCGGACUUGUAUUUUAGUGAGCACCUCCAUGAUUUUGUGAGCGUGGAGGAGUUUUUGGACACCGUUAAAACGAUCAACGAGAUUGUGGCACAUGCAACGCCUGGGCGUGCACAAACCUGCAUGAAUCGUUACGUUUGCUUCUGCUUGUUUUAUGCACAUGCGAGGAACCUUAUCUGCUCAAUCCAAAGUGCAUUGGCGGACUGCAACGUGAGAUAUCCAGAGACUGGUUUGUGGUGGACGUUGAUGCAUCUCGACAGUGAUGUUUAUUCGGCUGGUAAUCUAGACAAGAAAAUGUAUUUGAUGCUGCGAAUUGAUCCAGUGAAAGCUCGCAACUAUCAACACACGGUGGUAGGAGGCUUGAAAGAGGGUGAAUUGGCAAGGCUACGAAGAGAGAAUGUCCUUUUGAGACAUAAAAUGCUUGAGAUUGGUCAGACGACUUACCUCCGCGGCAUCACUGCAAGAAGGGAGAAGUUGAAAGCUCGUGGAAAGUUCCCCCACAGCUUCUAUGCAGAAUAUCCAGGUACCACGACACUAUCUGCGCAAAACUAAAGUAAAGGAGCUAAGGAAGAAAGGCGAGAGCGACCACUUGACUCUCCUCUAACAUACGGCAUGCAGAUAGUUAUGUGAUCUCCCCGCGGACAUUGAAGCAGCUCGUACAGUUCAGACCAGGAAGAUCCACCAGAGCGUAUUUUUUGCCACCAUGGGCAAGAGUGAGAUCAAUGAGCAGUGGCUUGCUCCCUUUGAACAGAGAAGAAGACUACGUACUGAGCAAGCUGGGCUCGGGGACACUGUCCAGGUCCAUGUCUCCGUAUAGGCGGCCUUCUGACGCUUCAGCCGGAGGGAGAAGGAGCGAAUCCGGGCCUUCAAACCGCGACUCUAUAUCAUCAGCGGCUGGAAGAUGACUGAUCACCAGAGGCAUUUGUUAGAAAAGGCCAGGAUUUUUAUUACACAGCUCUAGAUGGACAAGGCUGCACAGCAGUAGCAGCAGUGACUGGACUGAUGUAAGCGUGAGUUCAUGCUUUGGUGACGUCGAGUUUUCUUUUCUUCCUUGCUGCAGGAGGUGGCUCUUAAAACAUUCCGUAGAGUGUGUUCCCACUUCACAGUCUUCACGCCAAUGGAUUGUUUCCUCGUCUGUACAAA